UGUCACUGAUUCGUCAGCCACACCAAUCAUGUUUAAGGUUUGAAUGAAUCAGAUGAAUAUUAAUUUCGUUCUAGAUUGGUCAUUUUAAAGGUAGGGUGAUUUUAAAAUGAACACAGAUUAGAGAGAGGCCUUGCCAGUUUAUUUCAACUACUGUUUCCAACACAAGCUGAGUGAGUUAUCGAAGAAAGAGAGGAGUUGUUCAAGUAGAUCAUUCUGUCCAAGGUUUGUGACGAACUAUAUUCAACUUAAUCAUGGAUCUUGCUCUCUACGAAAUUUCGGGCGCCUAUAUAGACUAGACGGUGUUAUGAACAAGUGUUCAUGUUAUGUGGUGGCUGAGAAAUUAACUUUAUCUGAUCUUGCACGUGAUUUUUAUUUCAUCAAUCAAAUUUACUUUGUCCAAAGACGCGAAAUUAUGAGGAAGACGACGAAUGAACUUUACACGCCGACACAAUUCGCCGGGGGAACAAGCUGAAAGAACUUCAUCGGGAGUUUAGAAGUCUGUAUUUUGUCUCGAGUUUACACCGACCAACUCAGCUUUUCUUACUAACGAAAUUCAUGUAUCGUAAGAAAGCGCAUUCAAAGCUCUUCCGCUACCUUUUUUAAACACAAGUGGAUAUUUACUUUGUGUCGGAGCGCUUGAUAAAUCAUACAUAAUCAUAAGCUCUUUCGGGUAGCAACGUUUUUCAUGAUUGAGAAGCAACACUGCCAGUGACUCCUGGAGUCACAACCGUUGCUGAUCUCGACGUAAUACAACAAAUGUUUCGUCGACAACAUAACGUAUCUAUUUGCUAUCAAUCAUAACAAAUAAGUACCGGCUGCAGUUUCUUUAAAUAUUCAGACAACUGCGUCUUAACUCUGAUAAAAUUACUUAUUUAAAAACCAUUUUCUGAGAAUAGCCGUGAUCAUUAAAUCGUAGUUGACUUGAGCUGCGAGUAUGCUAGAGUAGUCUGUUGCCAUUUAAAGGCAUAUUAAUUGAUUUUAAUGAUUAAAAAAAAGUCUUCCAACAUGAUCACAAUUCGGAGGUUUAACACUAUUAUUAACAAACUACGUUUGCCUGCGAUUCUCUGGAGUACUGCCUCGACUUGUACCCUGACUCCAGAGCUCCGUUCUCAAAAUAACUCAGAUGAGUAAACCUAACGGACUAACGGUGUUCCGGUUUGACAAAUUAUAAAAGCUUAGCUUAGCGCCUGGCUGUCGCUAAAUUAGGUAAGACUGGAAAAGAAACCUCUGGGGCUUCCACAUUACAAGUUACUGCCCGGCUUGUUGCGUUGUGCUAAUUAUUAAACACAACUAUAGAGUGCAGGUGCUAUGAACGCAGACGCAUUAUUUUAUUUAGCACUUAAUGCCAAUAUAUUCGAGUGAAUUCUGUGCAUUUUUAGGGUCAUCCGCCAUGAAAUAUAUGUUUAUUUAUGAACAUAUGUUUUACUCUAUGAGAAAUAACAGGCUUUUCAGUUUGCGGACCUCCAAAAAUACAAAUUUCCAGUUCUAAUUUCCGGGAAAAAAUGAUUAUUUCGCCUAAAGUUAUGACAAGUCUGUAUUUAAGGGUUAUUUACUAGUAAUAGUUGACACCAGAGCCGCCCCCUCUUUGUACGUUGUCGGUCAAUUGUAUCCUUGGUCUUUGUGUAGCUCUUUGAAAUAUACCGAUUCAUACUGAAGGUUUUUACAUAUACAACAUACAAUAGGUGAGAUAAAAGCAGGAAACACAAGAUCACCUACGUUCUGACUCAGGUCGAUUUACGCAGUUUUUCACUCUCGCGUUCUAGUCAAAAAGGCAUUUUUAAAUGCCUUAAGUCUUAAAAGACUUAUACUUUGCUUUAAAAAGGCUUUUAGAGGUACCUGUGAAAAAGGAAUACAACAGCACAGAAUUUAACAGAUUUAAUUGUCGGGGAAUUUUUGUUAUCGUCUACCUUACUGUCAUUUUCCUUUUCUGUAGACAUGACUUCAGCUGGUUCAGAAAGUGACGAAGAAAAAUCAAAUAUGGCAUGCUUGUUUUACGGUGAGUAGUGUGACUGGAUCCAGGUCAGUAACAAGUAAGAAAAGUUACAUAAGGUGGGCUACCUUUGUUUUUUCAGAUGAAUUCUGAUUGUAAAAUUAGAAAAAAUUGCCAUGAUAGUAACCUAGCCUACGAAAGAAUGGGUAAAAUCUCCAAAACGGUUUAUCUGAAUACCCUCUCUGUUAAUACCUAAGCAAUCAAAUACUCACGACUUUUUCCGCAACAUCAUUAUCAUGCAAUGUGCAAAGCCCGUGUGGCCGACGCCAGAUUUUGUUCAUUGAACCAGCAAUUCAAGUUCCCCUAGUGCAGUAUUCAAAACUUCGCGUGCAUAUGUAGUUUGAAAAGGCCGUUUUAAAGGGUGAUCAUUAUUUUAUAUCUUUUCUCGAACUUGUAAAAGACUAUUUCUGUGGUUUCCAUUUGACGUUGAUAUUUUGGUCCACCUUCCUUGCUUAGCGCUUCUGAUCUUCUCUUGAACAGAGUUCUAACAUGCCUUUCUUUGUUUCUUCUUUUUGUAGCACUUUCUCCUCUCUCGUUUCUUAGCCAGGCUUCAUUUCUUCGCUUUUUUCUCCUACACCGAAAAAUCAUCUCGAACACUUCAUCUGUAUUUUGUAUCUUUUACCUUUUGCAUGAGCAUUCUUUAAGUCACCAAUGGCGUUUCUCAACAUCAUGGUAUUAGUAUCCUCGAUCGGGUUACCAUUCAUUGCCAUUUACAUUCGUUAAUAUCUAUCUUAAUGCCCGUGUGUUAGUCAACAGUUUUUCAGCUUGUCCACUAAUCACGACUACCUCAUUUGCUAGGCUUUCGGACCAAUGAAUCUAUUAACCGUUCGGGUACAAAAUGAUUGAGGCUUGUACCUCAUGACUUAAACUCAUCCUGUGUGAUAUUGCCUGUGGUGUAUAAGGAGAGUGAAUUCUUGGUGUACCGUGUUAAUAUAAUUGGGCAUUAACAGAACUGUGAUGUCUUGAGGGAUUGUAAACUCUGUAAAUGGAUUAAGCUGAUGUAGUUUGGGCUGAUUUUCCUAAUACAGGUUGGCCAAGUGAAUCAAAAGAAGUCUCUACACACUUUACAAGCGGUCUUAACUUCUUGAAAGAAUUUUUACAGAUGGCAGAUAACACUCCACAUAAUAUCAGUGCAGCUAGUCAAAGAAUGAUGCAUGAUCUUGUCAACAAAGCUUAUGAAGCCUUUGUUCCUGCUCUGUCAGAGUUAGACAAGAUAAAUAAGGCGUUUGAUAAAGAACUUCAAGUUACCUUGGUUGACGAAAAAAAAGCCAAUGACCAGCUUACAGAAAUUGGGGUAACCUUGAAACAACUACAAGAAAAGGGAAACACUCUACAACAAGAUGUUCUUGAAGCGGAAAAGCAAGCUGAAAGGGAACGUGUUAACCUUAAUGAAGCCAUUUCUUUUGCAAAGAAAAAGGAAGAUCAGCUUGAAGAGGCUAAAAAGAAAAGCGCACUAAAAGCUGUAGGAGGUACCCUCAUUGGAUUGGUUGUUGGCGGACCCGCUGGAGCAGUAAUUGGUGCCGGUGUUGGUGGUACUGUUGCGUAUGCUGAUAUCGAGCAGGCUAGAAAAGCAGUUGAUACAGCCCGGGAUGCCAAGAGACGCGCAGAAGAAAGGCUAGAAGGCAAACAAAGAAAUCUUCGCAACGUAAAAUCGGACCUGGAAGGAUUAGAAAAACAACAGAGAGAGAAAUCAGAGGAGUUGAAAAUGAUUGAGAGACGCAUACAAGAGAUAAAGCAAAGAAAGGAACAAUCAGCAAGCUUGAGUGGCUCCGUCAAAAGUUUCUUCACAUUGGUGGAUACCACUACAUCACGAACAGAAAUGAUGGCGAAGGAAGCAAAUGGCGAGUUACCCGACAUUGAAGCCAUGAUGGUUCCUUUGAAGGCAAUUGCUAGUGACAUCUGUGAAUCGCUUACCAACAGCUGUCUGUUAUCCGGACAUGUUGACUUUAGUUUUACUGAGAUCCAGAAAAUGAAAGAUAUGUCAUUGGGUGACAUUGACCAAUGGGCAUGA